AUGGAUGACCUGUGGCACGAAAGAAUGUUGGCAAAAAAUUCGCUUGAAUCUUAUUGCCUUAAAAUGAUUGGAGCUAUUGAAAAUCAGAAAAAUGUGAUAGCCGAAUCUGAGAAAAAAACGUUAUUGGAUAAAUGCUUCGAAACCAUCAAAUGGAUAGAUGACAGUCAUCUUGCAAAUCAGGAAAAGUUUGAGGAAAAACUCGAAGACGUUAAAACUGUGUGUCAUAUGAUGACGAGCACAAUUUCUGAUGAUUCGGAAGACGAAAUUGAAGAUUCUGAUUACGAAGCGAGUGAUAUAGAUAGCGAUGACGAAGAAGACGACAGUGAUGAAGAUGAAGAAGAUAGCGAAGACGAAGAACCAGCACCGUUAAAAAAGCCAAAAAUUGAAUGCUGAAAUUUGUGUUUUACAUUUUCACGAAGAUUGAAUCUCUCCAUUUGUUGUCAUGUCAUUUCCUAAGGUGGGUUCUGACUAAAUCACGUUAUAGUUGCAUAUGUUAACAUCCUGAUAUGAUAAACGCGGGUAUUUCUUUAAA